UUGAGGCAGACACUCUGAGGUUGAAGAAUCGCGGCGAUGGCGACUUGGCUCUUCUACCGGACGGAUUGAAAGUGGCCUCGGAUAUGACUUGUAGGUAUUUCUUAAAGUGUAGUUUAUUGCAAAGCCGGUGCACGGAUCUUAAAUUGAAUGAUUUGGCAUUUCCAUUCUCAUUGCUUUAUACAUGAAUUCAAUGUCUUCAGUCUAAGUCACAUUUUCACAACGGGAUCAUCAGGAUAGCACCUCAUCUGUUGCUAGUUCUCUUUGACUGAGAUUUGGGGUCAAGUGAGGAAGGCAUGUGUUCCUUGUCCAGUGACCCACACUCCUUCACAGGGGCCAUGGAGGAGGAGGGGCAGGAGAGCAUGGAAUGUAUCCAGGCCAAUCAGAUCUUCCCCAGGAAGCCCCCAGUCCUGGAGGAGGAGAGCCUGCAGGUGCCCUUUCCCGAGCUGCAUGGCGAGUUCACAGAGUACGUGGGUAGAGCGGAGGAUGCCAUCAUCGCCAUGUCCAGAUACCGCCUCCACAUCAAAUUCAAAGAGUCCAUCGUCAACGUCCCUCUGCAGCUCAUAGAGACUGUGGAGUGUCGUGACAUGUUCCAGCUCCAUGUCACCUGCAAGGACUGUAAGGUCGUCAGGUGUCAGUUCUCUACAUUGGAGCAGUGUCAGGUGUGGCUGAAGCGGCUGAGUGCUGCGGUCCGGCCCCCGUCUCUCCUGGAGGACCUCUUCUCCUUCGCCUUCCAUGCCUGGUGUGUGGGCGUGUACGCCGGGGAGAAGGAGCAGCAGGGGGAGCUGUGCAGGCCAGGAGAGCAUGUGACCUCCUGGUUCAAGAACGAGGUGGAGAGGAUGGGCUUUGACACUCAAAACGCCUGGAGGAUAUCCGACAUCAACAGCAAGUUCAGGCUAUGCUCUAGCUAUCCGCAGCAGCUCCUGGUGCCAGCCUGGAUCACAGACAAGGAGCUGGAGAAUGUGGCAGCCUUCCGCUCCUGGAAGAGAUUCCCGGCUGUGGUGUUCAGGCACCAGAGCACGGGGGCUGUGAUCGCCCGCUGCGGCCAGCCGGAGGUCAGCUGGUGGGGCUGGAGGAAUGCAGACGACGAGCACCUGGUCCAGUCCAUCGCCAAGGCCUGUGCUGUAGAUGGCAGCUGUAAACACCUGGCCAUCGGAUCCUACACCAACGGAACCAAUGAAAUCAACGGCACCAAUGACCUCGUCGACACAGACUUCGAAUCGUCCCUGACGAACAGCUCGGAGGUGGAGACACUGGCCAUCCAGCCACAAAAGCUGUUGAUCCUGGAUGCCAGGUCCUAUGCAGCGGCUGUGGCCAACAGAGCCAAGGGAGGGGGCUGUGAAUGCCCAGAGUACUACCCCAACUGUGAGGUGGUGUUCAUGGGCAUGGCCAACAUCCACUCCAUCCGCAAGAGUUUCCAGUCCCUGCGUUUCCUCUGCACCCAGAUGCCCGACCCGGCCAACUGGCUGUCUGCUCUGGAGAGCACCAAGUGGCUGCAGCACCUGUCUCUGCUGCUGAAGGCGGCCCUGCUGGUGGUGAACGCUGUGGACCGCGACCACAGGCCCGUUUUGGUGCACUGCUCUGACGGAUGGGACCGCACGCCCCAGAUCGCCGCCCUGUCCAAGCUGCUGCUGGACCCAUACUACCGCACCAUUGAGGGUUUCCAGGUGCUGGUGGAGACUGAGUGGCUGGACUUUGGUCAUAAGUUUGCUGACCGCUGUGGCCACGGGGAGAAUUCGGAGGAUCUGAACGAGCGCUGCCCGGUGUUCCUGCAGUGGCUGGACUGUGUGCACCAGCUGCAAAGACAGUUCCCAUGCUCCUUUGAGUUCAAUGAGGCUUUUCUGGUGAAAAUGGUGCAGCACUCCUACUCCUGUCUGUUUGGCACCUUCCUGUGCAACAGUGGGAAGGAGAGAGAGGACAGGCGCGUUCGGGAAAGGACUUGCUCCGUGUGGUCACUGCUGCGACCAGCCAACCGCAUCUUGAGGAACAUGCUCUACUCCUCCCACUCCGAGACUGUGCUCCACCCUGUGUGUCACGUGCGUAACCUGUUGCUGUGGACGGCAGUAUACCUGCCCAGCUCCUCCCCCACCACCCCCUCUGAUGAGUCGUGUGCACCGUAUCCUGUGGUGCCAGGUGCCAACACGGAAGACACACCCCUGGGCAGACGUCCGAAGACCCGCUCCUUCGAUAACUUGCCCAGCGCCUGUGAGCUGGGGAGCUCGCUGGCCCCAAACCGGCGCUCCAGUGACCCGAGCCUGAAUGAGAAGUGGCAGGACCACCGGCGCUCUCUGGAGCUCAACAUUGCUGUGGGGCCCGACACAGGGGGAGCUCAGGAACAGGAUGGGCGGGCUAACGGCCAGCCUAUAGCAGCAGGGCCUCAGGCAGGCAUGGACGACUCUGAGCUGGAGGACAGCCCUGAAGGCCAGCAGACUGAGCUGAGAGACGGAGCCUCCAAGGGGUCAGUAGUAGCAGGAGAAGCGAUAGAGCUGUCCAUUGAGCUAGCUGUGGCAGAGGGACAGAUGGAGAACAUUCUCCAGGAGGCAACGAAGGAGGAAGCUGGUGCUGAGGCUCAGCGAGAGGUUAACGCUACUGCUGCCGUGGCUCGAUCUCCGAUCGAUGCUAAUGGAACAGAGACUGAGAAAGAGGUCAAGGAAAGUGAUGCUGAGACUGAUAAACAAGCUAACACCAAUGGGGCUGAGACUACUAUAACUAAUGGUCAUCACCCAGGGAAUGGCACAGAUGAGCCUGAAGAGUCUGGUGUGUCUCCAGCCAGUCCCCCCCUACCCACCGAUGUGUCCACGGAUGUUCCAGAGGAGCAGGAGGCCCUAGAGAGGCGGGAGUCAGAGGAGCUGGUGGAGCAGGUUCUGGAGAACUGUACUGCCCAGGAGGAGCCAGAACACAACCCUACCCCCAGCACAGCCCAGCCAGCCCCCGCUGCCCCUAGAACUUUUACCAAUGGCUUUGGAGAGAGGACACCAGAGGAGCCAGAGACAGCUGUGUAUCUUCUCCCACUAGAGCCUGAGUCCAGCAGACACCACUCAGAGGCCCUGGUGCAGGCAGACAAGAGGUCUUCCCUCAUGGAGAGUUCCACAGAGACUCUGACUGAAGAGGUCUGCAGCAGGCCAGAGGCCCCAGUGCAGGCACCCAUCUGCCCAGGCCCCCAGCCCCGCACUGAAGGCAGGAGCCAACUUUCCUGUCUCAGGAGAGUGAACGGGGAGGCAGAGCCAGAGCAGGGGGCAUCCAGGACUUUAAAUGGAGGACACAAGCGGCCCUCUGUCAGUGCCUUCCAGUCUUUGAGUGCUGAGCCCAGCAGGGAUGGUCUAUGUAAUGGCGAGAGCUCAGAGGGGGAGCCCUGUGGUGGCCCUCACUGGGCCAAGGUGAAUGGGGAGCGGGCCCAACUGAGCCGCCAGGUCUCCCUGGCCUCCUGCAGCUCCCUGACCCUCCAUCGCCGGGGCAGCUGCUCCCAGCACCGCUGCCUCCACACCUUACUGGGGCGCCGCGCCGCCACGCCCAGCCCCGAACAGCCGGCCCGCAGUCACCUGGACGACGACGGGCUGACGCUGCACAUGGACACCAUCCAGCAGCGGCUGAGGCAGAUUGAGGCAGGCCACCAGAUGGAGGUGGAGAUGCUAAAGAAGCAGGUGCAGGAGCUGUGGAGCCGCCUGGAGAGCCAUCACCACGCAGCGUCCCUCAGGAUCAACGGAGACAUCGGAGACGAAGUGACCUCAAUGACAGACUCUGAGUGUAACCUGGACGCUAACUGCCUGUCGCGCUGCAGCACGGAGCUCUUCUCCGAGGCCAGCUGGGAGCAGGUGGAUAAGAAUGACACGGAGGUGACCCGCUGGUACCCGGACCACUUGGCAGCUCAGUGCUACGGGUGUGAGAGUAGGUUCUGGCUCGCCACCAGGAAGCAUCACUGCAGGAACUGUGGGAAUGUGUUCUGUGCCAGCUGCUGCGACCAGAAGAUCCCUGUGCCAAGCCAGCAGCUGUUUGAGCCCACUCGUGUGUGUAAGACCUGCUAUGGCAGCCUCCAGAUCAAUACAACUCCCAACCCCAUGGAGCUGGAGGAACCAAUCAGAGCCAGCUCCAACUAAGGACCUGGGAGGGGCGGGGCCUGCCUGCCAGCCAGCCAGCCAGCCACUGACACAGCCAGGCACACUGCUGAGAAGCCCAAGGAGCUGCAGAA